AUGAAUUUGAAAUUCUGUGCCAAUUUAUCAUUCAUGUACCAAGAAACAAAUUGUCUUUUGGAGAGAUACAGUUUGGCGGCUAAAUCGGGAUUUACAUCUGUCGAAUGCGCAUUUCCAUACUCAGAUACUUUGGAAAAAGUAGUGCAAGCAAAAACAAAUGCCAAUGUACAACAAAUCUUGAUAAACGCACCUAGAGGCGAAGCCCAUGAACUAGGUUUUGCAGCGAUUCCAAGUAUGGAGGAUAGUUUUCGUUCAUCUAUUGACUUGGCUGUAUCUUAUGCAAAUGCUUUGAACUGUUCCAAGAUUCAUGUGAUGGCAGGCAUAGUUGUUCAACCAACAAAAGUCAAUCAUGAGGCUUAUGAAAAAAAUUUAACUUAUGCUGCACAAAUCUUUGAAACUAAAGGAAUUAUGGGUUUAAUUGAGCCAAUUAAUAAAUAUUCUGCUCCAGGGUAUUAUUUAAAUACAUAUGAACGAGCAAUUGAUGUUCUCAACAAAAUAAAUAGCCCUAAUUUGAAGUUACAGUUAGAUAUAUUCCAUUUACAACAGAUCAAAGGAGACCUAACAAAAAACAUUAAGAGUUUGUUACCUCAUGUAGGGCAUAUUCAAUUAGCUCAAGUUCCUGCACGUAACGAACCAAAUACAUCAGGUGAAAUAGAUUAUAAUUAUAUUUUUCAACUAUUAGAAGAACUUGACUACUGUGAAUGGAUUGGUUUAGAAUAUAACCCUAAAGGUGAUACGGACAAAGGUUUAUCGUGGCUAAGGGAUAUAAAAAGAACAGUAACAUUUUGA